UGAAGAAGAUCGAGUUUGAGAACGAGGAGAGCGAAUCGAAAAGACAGAAGAAGAGGAAGAUUCAAUGGGGGUCGAUUAUUACAAGGUUCUCCAAGUUGAUCGAAGCGCAAAAGAUGAAGAUUUGAAGAAAGCUUAUCGCAAACUCGCCAUGAAGUGGCAUCCCGACAAGAACCCUAACAACAAAAAAGAAGCAGAAGCCAAAUUCAAACAGAUCUCCGAAGCUUACGAUGUACUGAGCGAUCCUCAGAAGCGAGCAAUCUACGAUCAAUACGGUGAAGAAGGUCUGAAAAGCCAGGCUCCGCCUCCGCCUCCCGGUGGUUCAGAAACUUCGUUCAGGUUCAACGGUAGAAGCGCUGAUGACAUCUUCUCGGAGUUCUUCGGCUUCUCCAAACCCCCUGGUGGUGGGUUCAGGUUCUCUGAAGACGUUUUCUCGUCUUACAGGUCUUCUCCAGGGGAAACCUCUAAUGCUGUUCCACCGAGGAAAGCUGCUCCGAUAGAGAGACAGCUUCCUUGUAGUUUGGAGGAUUUGUAUAAAGGUAUCACUAAGAAGAUGAAGAUCUCUAGGGACGUCCUCGAUUCAAGCUGGAGACAAACAACGGUGGAAGAGAUCUUAACGAUAGAGAUCAAGCCGGGAUGGAAGAAAGGGACGAAGAUAACAUUCCCCGAGAAAGGAAACGAGCAGAGAGGAAUCAUACCGUCAGAUCUCGUAUUCAUAGUUGACGAGAAGCCACACGCUGUGUUCAAGAGAGACGGGAACGAUCUCGUGAUCACGCAGAAGAUCCCUCUGGUUGAAGCACUCACGGGGUACACUGCUCAGGUCACGACUUUGGAUGGGAGAACGCUAACGGUUCCUGUCAACAACGUGAUCAGCCCUUCUUAUGAAGAGGUUGUGAAAGGAGAAGGCAUGCCUAUCCCUAAAGACCCGUCGAAGAAGGGAAACUUGAGGAUCAAGUUCAAUAUUAAGUUCCCGUCGAGGCUAACGACAGAGCAGAAGUCUGGAAUCAAACGGAUGUUUUCGUCUUGUUAGGGAUGAUUUAGUUUUAAAAACUCUGUUCUCUGUGCUCUUUCUGCUACGUUUGGUUUCAGGUGUGGUCGUGAAAGAUCAUUAACGAUGUAGCUUUCACUUUGCAGUUAGGUUUUUUCUCAACACAGCUUUUGGUUUUGGGGUUUUUAGUUUUUUUUUUUUUUGUUUCUUGCUUAAGUUGUUAUUAGAUUGAAUAAAAGAAGAGCUAAGUAAAGGUUCCUUACUUUUUAAUUUGA